AAUAAAAGCCCAAAUUCAGAAACCCCAUUUAAUAGAGGGGAAAGUAAGCACAGGCAAACAUGUAACUCAAUAAUACAAAUUAAAAAGGUUAAAAAUACAUCGUUUCUGAUACAUGUGGAUUGUAAAGUAAACAUGCAGAAUGAUGUGAAAACAAAAAUGAAAAGUGAUAGUGCGUUCAUUUGAGUCUUAGGUUUUGGCGCUUGAACGUUAAGUCUAUGGUGCCAUAUAACCAAAGGUAAUGUCAAAGAAAAUGAAGUUACGGUCCAGUCGUUGAUGUAAGAAAUCAUGAAAAAUCCCUACAUGUUUGUAUUAAAGGGUAGCCUGAUUUAUAGUUGGCUUUUAAGUGGUUCAGGAGAAAAUGUGGAUAGACUCUUGCCCCUCUUGUACGAGCCACAGACGAGUUGUGUACUGUUGCUACUCCUAACAUAUUUCAGGUUUUGAUGUUUGCUUCUUUGUCAUACACUAAAGUAAAGGUGUGUAGAGCUGUUAUUGUGUUGAUCUUGUCAUGAGUGCUGAAAUGUUUGAACAAUAGUUUCUGUUGUAACACACAACAAGGCUCGUCAUGAAUCGACUUUCUUCUCGCUUUUAAGGUUUUAAACAAAGGUCCAUUAGGUGGUGGACUGUUGACUCAGCAUGUUAGCAGCUCUUAAGUGUGUUGUAUUCCUUCACAUAUCCAUUAUCACCAGUAACUGCUGAGUUGAAGUUUUGUGUUCAAGUCUUUUUUUUUUUCUUUUUUAUGUUUUUCUUUUGUAUGGAGCAUAGUGUUUAUGUUUUCUUGUGUCAAUAUUUCUGCUUCAUUUAGCCUUCCCUGAGUUGUGAGUCAGUGGAGGAGAAGCUGGGCUGAUGACAAGCAUGACAUUGAGCCAAGCCACAGAUGCAUGCCCACUCACAAGGCCCAACUGAGUGCCAUUCCCUCUGCUCCCCGGCUCUCAACCAGUCUCUCAGAGGGGGGAGGGAGGGGGUGUCGUCGGGGCGUAGCUAGUCCCCUGCACCCCCGUAGAGCCUCACUGUGAAACUGGAGGUCUCAAAUGGAUCAGGGUAGUAGUGAGCAGAGUACAGAAGAGCCAGACGCAGGAGGUCGAGCGGAGCCAGAGGCUGGCAGGAGGGCGUCGGAGUCAGAGCACGGCUUGUCCAAAAUCACCCAUAAUGCCCUGGAGAACAUGGGAGCGUUGGGCCAUGGCCUGAAGCACUUCUUCCAGCCACAGCGCCGACGCUCCUCCGUUUCCCCACAUGACUCCGUCUCAUCCUGCAUGGGCGCCCCUUCCUCCGAACCCACCGAUGCUGGGUCAGAGGUGGGGGAUGCUCCCGCCUCCUCGGCCCUGCCUGUGGAUUCUGACAACUCUGCCGCUUCCGCUCCUCCUGCAGCUCUGAGCAGAGUUCUGCAGCAGAUCCGAGGCGCUCCACCAAUGAUGAAGCGAGGCACCAGCCUGCAAAGCCGCCGCAGCAAGGUGGGAGGCUCUGGGGAUCCUCCCCAGAAAGGAAGCCCGCAGAUCCACAGGCGCAGCACCCACGAGGCCCUGCUUCAGGCUGGACGCCCACGCUCCUCCUCGACCACAGAUACACCCACCAGCCCUGCCCUAGUUGACAUACUGCUGACCUCGGGUUAUCACUCAACAGAAGAGCCAGACAAGCUGGACCGCUAUGAUGGAACGGGCCCUGCUGUGUCACCCAAUGCCCUCCCAUACGGUGCAGAUGGGUAUGAUGUAGUCGACAGUACCCCAGACCCACAGCGAACUAAGCAGGCCAUUGCCCAACUACAACAGAAGAUUCUAAAGCUCACGGAACAAAUCAAAAUAGAACAAACUGCACGUGACGACAACGUGGCCGAGUACCUGAAACUCGCUAAUAAUGCAGACAAGCAGCAGAGUGCACGCAUCAAGCAGGUGUUUGAGAAGAAGAAUCAAAAGUCAGCUCAGACUAUCCAGCAACUGCAGAGGAAGCUGGAGCAUUACCACCGGAAGCUUCGAGAGGUGGAGCACAACGGCAUCCCUCGUCAGCCCAAAGAUGUUUUUCGAGACAUGCAUCAGGGGCUGAAAGAUGUUGGCGCUAAGGUAACAGGUGGCCUCUCCAGUUUCUCUCACGCCACUCACUCUGCAGCUGGAGCCGUCGUGUCAAAGCCGAGAGAAAUCGCCUCUCUCAUCCGCAACAAGUUCGGCAGUGCAGAUAACAUUGCAGGCCUGAAAGACUCCCUGGAUGAAUCUCAGGGAGAUGAAGGAGUGGGUCCUGGGGGAACGAGGACCCUUGGGACAGGACAGUUGCAUUCCAGCCCAAAGUAUGGAAGUGAUGAUGACUGUUCUAGCGCUACUUCUGGCUCAGCAGGAGCUAACAGUACGACUGGAGCCCCUGGAGGCCCCCCUAGUUCCAAGGGCAACACCCUUGAACACGGCCAGGCAUCAGGAUUUGAUGCUGUACUUCAUGAGAUACAGGAGCUUCGGGAAAACCAGGGUCGACUGGAGGAGUCCUUUGAAAACUUAAAAACUCACUAUCAACGUGACUAUACAAUGAUCAUGGAGGCACUUCAAGAGGAGCGAUACAGGUGUGAACGUUUAGAAGAACAACUCAAUGACUUGACAGAACUGCACCAGAAUGAAAUUCUGAACUUAAAACAGGAACUAGCCAGUAUGGAGGAGAAGAUCGCUUAUCAGUCUUACGAAAGAGCGAGAGACAUUCAAGAGGCGCUGGAGGCAUGUCAGACUCGUAUCUCCAAGAUGGAGCUACAGCAGCAGCAACAGCAGGUGGUGCAGCUCGAGGGUUUGGAGAAUGCCACAGCAAGGACCCUUCUUGGAAAACUAAUCAAUGUGCUGCUAGCUGUCAUGGCAGUGCUUCUGGUGUUUGUGUCCACAGUGGCUAACUGUGUCGUCCCCUUAAUGAAAACACGCAGCCGCACACUCUCUACACUACUACUCGUGAUCUUCCUCGCCUUCUUCUGGAGGCAUUGGGAGGCUAUUUCUGAGUAUCUGCAUCGCUUUCUUCUGCACCCAAGAUGACCGACUUUGAAGGCUUAUUUUAAUGUUCUAAGAACAGAGGGGUGGGGCUGUUGUGUAAAAUGAGGACAUUCACCCAUACAGGAAGUUGAAUUUCAAAAGCUCUACCUUUUAUUAUUCCUCAGCUUUUUAAAACACUCAAGAGGGUUGCAUCGGAGGUUUGUCACUUUAUCACAUCCUGAAAUGUGUUUUAAGAGGAAUGAUUUGGUGAAUUAGGGAGAGAAACGGCUGGAUGCUUGGUAUCAACCGGCUAUCUUUAGUGCAUUUGUGGCACAAGUACAUACUCUAAGGGUAAAUGGACUGUAGUUGAAGGAGGGGCAGAGAGAACUGCACACUUGAUUUCUCUCUUCUGAGUGGAAUUGUUUACAUGUGGAAAACUUUGCAUUGUUAUGCCACAGAAGAAAUUGUUGAGUUUUAUUACUUUUAAGCUGAAUCAAGUGGUAUUGUUUUGAAGUCACUGCUAUUUUUAACAAAGAUGAUUGAUGUUUUUAUUUUUAAUUUCUUUUAACUGUAACGUGCCGACAGUGUUCUGCUGAUUUAGUUGUCCACAUUCUCUUUUUGUAAGUUUUCUCUCUUCUGGUCUUGCCAUUUUAAUUUUUCAGUCUGCUCUCUCUUUCUCUUUUAAACAAUCCCUCAAAUUUCAGCUCUUGUGACCAACUCUUACUUUUUUUUCUUCGCUACAUCUGAAGAAUGGGGUGCUUGCACAACAGCUACAUUGCUCUGGAAUCAGACUUGUCACUGGAUCAAAUAAUAGUGGGUUCUUGACUUGUUUCUUUUGGAUGUUUAAAGUCUGUAACACUGGUUCUGCCAACCAGGAAACUACUAUCGAGUACUUAUAUUUGGAUCUGGACCCUGCCCUCUGGGCCAGCUGGGUUCUGCAGUCCUGGUGUUUUUUUUUCCACUGCUGAAGAAUAAUCUAUGAACUGAUUUAACAUACUUGAAGAGCGGUAAAAGAGCUCAAAGACUCAGUGCUUCCGUACUGUUUCUAUUAGUGACAAUGAAAUAGUAAUACUUUUUAGUUGAUUUUUUUAUAUUUUAAAGACAAAUAAAUUUGCUGUUUUAAAGGUGAAGAUGAAAGUUUAA